AUGGGUGCCAUCUUUUCUCGCCGCUCCAGCGGCUCUCCCUCGUCGCCGAACCCGAAUGCCACAAUUACCGAGCAUGAUCGCGCGGUCCUUAACCUGAAGAAUCAGCGCGACCGGUUGCAGAAAUACGAGCGCCAGCUCGAGGCCCUCACUGCGAAGGAGAUUGAAGCUGCCAAGACUCUCCUGCAGCAGGGCGACAAGAAGCGUGCUCUCAUGUGUAUGAAGCGGAAAAAGCUGCGCGAGCGCGAUCUCGCCAACAUCACCGGACUCCUGGACAAUGUUCAUCACACGAUCUCCACCCUGGAAUUUGCCAAGGUCCAGGUGGAUGUCGUGUCCUCGCUGAAGGAUGGCUCCGAGGCACUCAAGCGCCUCAACGACCUGAUGAAUAUCGACAAGGUGGACCUCAUCAUGGCCGACACAGCCGAGGCCAUUGCCUACCAGAAUGGCGCGACGAACGCCCGCCCGGUCUGA